GCUCGUCGUUGGCUGGAGCAGCUUCACAACCUGUUUGUUGAUCGCUCUAUUUGGCUUAUUAACACCCCGAGUUUAUUAUAAGCCGGGUUUAUAUCCCGGGUGGACUUAACGUGCCUUCGCUGGGAAGGGAUAGCUAGUUCUCUGACAGCAGAUAUAACAACAUAACGAGUAUGUCCUGAGCUUGUUAUUUGGCGACGGGAUGAAACAGAGAGAGGCUUUUCAGAUGUAGCUUGUUAGCUAGUUAGCUGCGUCGCGUACAGUGUACACACAGCUUUUUUGUUCUGCUCUUGAACUGCCUCUGCAUGACAAAUUAGCACCAGUGUGAAGCAAAGAUAGGGCGCUAAAACAGCGGCUGUUUUUAGGGAAAAAAAACGCGUCGAGAGUGAUCCCUGGUUGUCGACCUCAGCCCCGGGGCUAACCCCCGGUCGCCGACCGAUUUAAUGGCCGGAAAUCCGAGGAGGGGCGCCGGUCUCAUCGGCUUGAUGAAGGACGCCUUUCAGCCCCACCAGCAGCCUCCCCAGCCUCACCAACCUGCAGUGGUCGAUAAGAAAAUGGUGGAGAAAUGCUGGAAACUCAUGGAUAAGGUUGUGCGUUUGUGCCAGAAUCCCAAGGUGGCACUGAAGAACAGCCCGCCCUACAUCCUAGACCUACUGCCAGAUACCUACCAGCACCUUCGCACCAUUCUGUCCCGAUACGAGGGAAAAAUUGAGAUCCUCGGGGAGAACGAGUAUUUCCGUGUUGUUAUGGAGAACUUGACCAACAAGACUAAGCAGACCAUGAGCCUUUUUAAGGAGGCCAAGGAGAGGAUGUAUGAGGAGAACUCCCAGCCAAGGCGAAACCUUACAAAGCUGUCUCUGAUCUUCAGUCACAUGCUAGCAGAGCUAAAAGCCAUCUUUCCCAAUGGCUUAUUUCAGGGCGACAACUUCAGGAUCACCAAAGCGGAUGCUGCCGAAUUUUGGAGACGGUCAUUUGGGGACAAGACCAUAGUGCCAUGGAGGACAUUUCGUCAAGCCCUCCACGAGUUUCAUCCCAUCAGCUUGGGGUUGGAGGCCAUGGCUCUCAAGUCCACCAUCGACCUCACCUGCAACGACUACAUUUCUGUGUUUGAGUUCGACAUCUUCACCAGGCUCUUCCAGCCGUGGUCGUCCCUUUUAAGAAACUGGAACAGUCUGGCAGUCACACAUCCUGGUUACAUGGCCUUCUUAACCUACGACGAGGUCAAGGCUCGACUGCACAGGUUCAUUCACAAACCUGGCAGCUACAUCUUCAGGCUGAGCUGCACUCGGCUGGGCCAGUGGGCGAUCGGCUAUGUGACAGCUGACGGGAACAUCCUGCAGACCAUCCCCCAUAACAAACCUCUCUUCCAAGCCCUCAUUGAUGGAUACAGAGAGGGAUUCUAUCUGUUCCCAGAUGGUCGUGCACAGAAUCCAGACCUUACAGGGCUGUGUGAACCUUCCCCACAGGACCACAUCAAAGUGACUCAGGAGCAGUAUGAGCUGUACUGUGAAAUGGGCUCCACUUUCCAGCUUUGUAAGAUAUGCGCAGAGAAUGAUAAGGAUGUGAAGAUCGAGCCCUGCAGGCACCUAAUGUGCACCUCCUGUCUGACUGCCUGGCAGGAGUCGGAGGGUCAAGGCUGCCCGUUUUGUCGCUGUGAAAUUAAAGGCACAGAGCCCAUCGUAGUGGACCCCUUCCACCCGAAGGCAAGUGGGGCUUCCUUUGCUGGGUUCCAGGGGUCCAGCAGAGCAGAAGCUGCAGGCAAUGAUGAGGAAGAGGAUGAUCGGCUGGAGGAGCACCUUGUCAUGAGCAGGCUGGCCUGCAGCAAGGUUGAGCGCCCUCCAUCCCCAGUGUCUCAGCUGCCUCCAGUGCCCCCCCGGCUGGACCUCAUACAGCAAAGACCCUCCAGCUCCCACAGUGCACAGGGUCCGGGAGCCACAGCUAAGAUGGCAGCAACACACAGAGACAAGCCUUUACCUCUGCCUCCAGCCCUGAGAGAGCUGCCCCCUCCUCCCCCUCCAGAGCGCCCCUCCCUGGUUGGCCAGGACUCCAGACUCCAGAGGAGACCCUUGCCCUCCACCCCUGACCAGUCCGCCUGGGCUUCCAACUACAUGGUCCCACGCCCGGCAACCAAGGCCCUGUCAUCGCUGUCGUCUACCCCACAGAGCAACGGAACAAGUGGAGAGGGAAGCAAACCCCAGGCAGCUACUAAUGCUGUCUACUGCCUGGCACAGAGAACUUUGCCAGCAGCAGCGGUUUCGAGCGGGGAGAAGUCGUCUUCUGACUGUGAGGAGAAUGAGUACAUGAGUCCCACCUCUCUGCCAGCUUCUGGUGCCCCGUGGGUCAUAACAGGCUCCUUGGUGCCCCCGCCACCAACCCAGGCGAACCACCAUAAUGACGUCAGCAAUGAGGUGAUUGACAGCGACUCUGAGGACCCCCAAGUCUAUGAGUCCAUGUGCAACAUCCAGGCUCAGGCUGGCUCCUCUGAGACGGCACAGGCGUCUGACCACGACCUCCCUCAACAUUCAGCUGUGGUUUCCCAGGACAAAAAGGAGGAGACCGUUGAGGAGGACAUUUAUGAGUAUGACUGUCCCAGACCGGUAGUCCCACCUGCCCCCACCAGAAGAACCCUGUCAGAAAUGAGCGGUCCCUCUGCUGCCUUCAGCACUCUCAGCAUAGAUGGGGCUGUUGAAGCCAGUAUGUUUGCAGCAGGUGUCGACCCUGAACGCCCCCCCAAACCACUCCCACGGCGAGCCAACUCCGACCGACGGCCUCGACCUGUAAACCGUGAAUUUCAUACUCCAUUGCCCGAUCUCCCUGGUCCUUCCACCUCCUCCGCUUCUGCCUCCCCUCCUCCUCCUCCUCACCCUCACCCUCAUCCUCCUCCUCCUGCAGGCCCAGGAAGCCUGGCCCUAAACGGGGAGAUCGAAUGCCUGAUGUCCCAAGGCUACUCCAUCCAGGACAUCCAAAAAGCCCUGAUGAUUGCCCAGAACAACCUAGAGACGGCCAAGAACAUCCUGCGCGAGUUUGUCUCCAUCCCCUCUGCGGCACACAUUGCCACAUAGUCGCUCCAGGCACGCCCAUCCUCUUUGUCUCGUUUCUGUCUCCACUCUGUGCCAUUAUCAUGGAUAGCAUUUACCAAGCACUUUCCUGCAGGGCCACAAGUACUUGACAAAAGGCUUUACUCUGAGGAGUAAUGCUGCGUUCACGUCAUGUCAGAAGUUGCAAAUGAACAGGAUGAUUAUCUGCAGGUUAUAGUCACUGAAAUAUCAUCCAAAGUCAUUCGUUACAUGUUUUUUGUGAAUACAUAUUAUUUGGAUUAUGUUGGACCGCUGUUACGGGAAUGCAGAGUGUUAAAAAGUGAAAAUGCCUCAAAAUGUCUUGUUUCUUGAGGUUUUUCUGGCCCAGAGGCAGUGCAAGGUUCCCUACAAAGGAUGUAUCUGUUGGUUAGUUGGUUAUUUUUUGUUCCAGUUGAGCUGUGACCAGCUCAGAAGAGGCAGGAAGUCCGAUAUGACUUGAACGCAGCAUACACAGAGAUUGGAAGCCUUUAAAUGUGAGCUCGCUGUAGCCAAGCUUUGACCCUGUUGUACUUUGCUGAGGCUCACUCGUGCCGUGACAAUGUCUCCCCUCAGUCUGAGUAUUUUUUCUCUCAUUAAGCUAAAUGUUGAAGCUGCAGUGACUUUGAUGAGUAGAGGGACCCAGCGGAUCGUUGUUUUUGACUCCCCGCUGCUGGCAGAUGUUCAGUUUGGUGCUUUACGGGCUUCUUGGCAAAUUGUGGCGUACGAAUAUGUAGCGACACGAGUUCCGUCGGAACACUUAGUGAUUAACUCUGUGGUGUGUGCGUGUGUGUGCUCAUGCUGAUGAAUGUGAAUGUUCAGUCGCAGUGCAGUAUUGCAGGGCUUCACGUCGUACGCGUCACUGUGGCUCGCUCUGUUUUUGGAUGGUAUUUGAAAAGUUGACUCUGUAUUUCCUCUCAGCUCCAAGUUCAAUGAUGGUUCUGUAAUGAAAUAACAAGUUUAAUGUGUAAGUACUCUCAUAAGGUGUCUUGCUGUGUGUAGUACUAACAAUGGCUGAAUUUUCUGAAGUUUAUUUUUGUCAUUUAAUUCCAUGAUUGCCUGCCGCCAUUUCAGUUGGUGUGACACUGAAAGCUGGUUUAUUUACUUCGAAGCUUCUCUCAUAGUGUCUGACUAAACUAAAAAGGACUUUAACAUGUGCUGUUAGAUUUCUCGUCACAUGUUGAUGUGAUUUAGCUCUGCAUCACCAGAACAGCUUCAGAGGGUUCUGAGAAAUCAGACUGAAGGGGUUUCGAUUGAGCUCCCAAGCAAAAAAAAAACAAAACUGAAGGCUGUCAUGUGGACUCAGGUACUCAGUAAUAAGUCAGGGUCGAAUGUAAUGACUGAACAGAUGCUAAAGGACACAUAAAGAUGAUGAUGUAAUGUUGGAAACCUUUGUGGAAAAGCACAGACUCACUCCUCCAAGGACUAGAUUUUCCCUCUUAUUCUAUUGUAUUUAAUUUAACAUAAAACAAAUAUUUAAUAUUUUAAAAUCAGGUUUUCGAUGACCCUCCCCCCGGCCCAAUCACUUCCUCUGAUUUCAAACCCCCUGAUAUGUUUAAUUUGGUUUCAAUAAUCCACCUAUCGUACUACGUAUCAGAGCCCUGGGUGGUGAUCUCGAGGAUGCAACUGAGAUAUUUCAGUCACUCAGCAGCCCAUAAAAUUUGUUGUGGGAUUAAUGUCGAAAAUACCAACUGACUACCAAUCCAACCUUUAAGCUACUUUAAUGAUAUGAAUUGAUAGUAUUGAGUGAUUAGUCGAUCGCCGCUAUUUGAUGUUAACUCUCAUCAUUGAGUUAGUGUCUUUCAAGCAAACUUGUCUUACAUUUUGUACUCCAGCUUCCUGAUUGUACAAAAUUGGCUACUUGCAGACAUCCACCUGGGCUUAAAGGAAUUGUAAUGGCAUGAUUUUAUGAACUGAAUGAGUUUGAGCUGUAACGUGUACUGAAAGCCUGUCCUGAAUCAAGUCAAGUUUUAAGUCCUUGGUACAAAGUCAUCAGCUGGACUCCAUUCACAUCCAUUCUCAAACAAAAUAUUCAAAUCAACACAUAAAAUUGAAACCGAUUUAACAAAAAUAUUCCUCUAAAGCUGUGUAUUUUACUCAGGUUUUUAGAUUUAUUUCCAGUGGACCAAUAAUAAGCAGCUUACACUACCCUUUCCUUUUAUAUUAUCUCCACCCAUCAGUGGUGUUUUGAAGUGAGGGCCUGUAUAUUACCCCAACCACAGGAUCAUGGACUCAUUUAGAACAAAGAUGAAAAGAUAUCUGACUCAUCAAAGCAGGGAGUCUGAUCUAAGUCCAGCACAACAUCAGUGCAGAAUACAGAUAUGUUGUGAAAGACGGCUGUUCCAUAUUAAUACGUAAUUUGGGAACACUGCCAGAAACAAGACAGGACUGGACUCAGCGUCUCAUUUCCAUUUUCAUGUAAGAACACGCAAAUGCGUCCGAAGUAUCCCCUUUAAAGAACAGUGCAAUUUCUUCUAUUUCUCUCUCCAAAGUAGCUCCUCAACAGUCACUUUUGAUUUCCGCAGUAACAUGUAAAUGUGCCUUCUGUCCAUCACAACCUGCACAUGACGGCAGACAAACCAAACCAAACCAGUUCCUCCACAUGUACUGCUCAAAUGAAAUGGAAAUCUGCACAUAUAAUCCACGCCCUUACCUGACAGAGUUUGUCUCAGAUAUUCACUUUCACAGACAGUUAAUCAGGAGUUUGAAGUUGGUUUUCCACAUCUUGUCAUCUUCAAGGCAGAAACGGACAAUUACAGCCCAACCAAUGUUAGCCUGUUUUUGUUUUUUGUUGGAAAACAAUUUUUGACAAUAAAAUCUCCCAUAAAUGUAACUGAUAGACAUUUGUUACCAAUGUAUGUAUACGCUGGACAUUUAACAACUGGAAAAGUACAGUUACUAUUGCUCCCUGCUGGACAAAAUAUGUAAUGACGACACAGUUUCUGUCAUCAUCAUCAUCAUCAUCAAAAAAUUUGUCUUGCGAAUAUUACUUUUAAGUACGAGACACAAGUUACUCAUUUUUAAUAUAUUCCAUUUCACAAUAACAAGCCAUCCUCUUUUUUAUUUUAAAAGUAAUGAAUUCAAAGUUUUGUGUUGCUUACUGCUCGAUGCGUUUAUACAAGGGUGAAUGGAUUGACCCCUAAAGUAUCGAUAAUAACAAUGAAAAAUCUUGUUUUGAGUUUCAGUACUAGUGUUAAUAAGAUUAAGACAAAAAUAAAAUAUGAAUCCAUAACGUCAGAGCACAUCCUGGACACAUGAACACUCCCAUGUGAGAAUUCACAUGCACAUACCAUCAAAUGGUGUUUAAACAUGCGUGUGAUUAAAGGUCCAGUGUGUAGAAUUUUGAAGGGUUUGAAAUAAAUGUAAUUUUCACAAUUCUGUUUGCCUUUACCUUUUUAGAAUGAGCCGUGUUGGCACUCUGCAGCCAUUUAAAAAGACAUUUAAAAAGUUUGGUGACUUUCUCCCAAAAUGAGGUUUAAAAUGCGUUUUCUCCAGAGGUUAUAAUUCUACUGCGCAAACCCACAGUUUUUUUUUUUUUAAAUGACACGAAGUUCAUUUACAGUUCAAUACAGAGCGCUGCGCGAUGUGACACUGUCAGCUCAUCCCACCAGAGCAUGGCAGCUGUGAAUCACUUAACCUUUAUUAGUAAUCACGUGCAUUAGACUGAAAUCCUUCUCUUUUGUGUUACAAGUCCGUCUGCAGCUGCACCACUACUGAGACUACUGUGAAUCUCGCAUGCGUCGGUGCAACAAUUUCUCCUGCACACUCUGGUGCUCUGGACUUUUCUAUUUAAAAUGCUGCACGUAGUCCGUCGCUCUCUGCAAUGUCUCUGGCUUUUUCUAUCCACAAAGGGAGCACGGUAUUUCUGCCAUGUUUUUCCUUGGUAGCCCCUAACGGACAAACCAGGAGAAGGCCUUUUUUUUUUUUUAGUUUUUUGUAGAUUCUCCUACAUGCAGAAGGUGGAUGAGGGAUAUUCACUCGGUAGAAACGUACAACCUCACCACUUGAUGCCACUAAAACCUACACACUGGACUUUUAAAUCAUUAACAGGAAUAGUGAAUUGAAACUCCGAAAUGUGUGGUAACUAAAGUGUAUUCAGAAGAAGCUUAUUAAUAAUGCACUCGCCUCAUAGAUCAUGACUCACUUCUCUCCGUACAUUAAAGCACAUUAUCUAAUUUUAUCUAUAAAAAGUACAAUAAAAGUUUGAUGGUAUUGCUCCCCCCUUCUUUGAUUUUGAUACAGAUUUUAAUUUGGUAUGUUUCUUUCCCUUUAAAAAAAAAAGGGGGUUAAAAUAUGUAAAUAUGUCUGUGGAAUAUGUUCAGGAGUGUCUCCUGCUUUUAAAAAAUGGAAAACAGACGUAUUGCCUGAUGUGAUUCAAGUAGUGAGGGAAACACACCGUAAAAGCUCAGACGAUGCUGGAUAUGUCCUCGUGUAGAUGGCUGAGGCUGCUGAAUCUGCUGUAGAAAUCUUGCAGCUUUAAGUCCCUCGAACCAAACUCCUUUUCGAGCAGCACGCCGUGACGCAUCGGCCCUUCGCCUCGUGUUGAUUUCCAGAGAAUGUGUCGCCAGUCCCUCGGCUUUGUGUCCACUCGCUCGGACAGGGACUAACUCCUGACCAUGAAAGUGCCGCGGUGUGAGGACCCACUCGAGGCUGACAGUCAUGUUGAAUCACUGCCAGGCGCUCCGCUCGCUGUCUCACACACACUUUCCCCUCAGAGUCACUGGUAAACUGGUGUGUUGGUUCAGAUCCACUGGUUCAUGAUGUGUGGUGUAAUCAUGGUUACUAGCCUUUUCAACAAGAACUUGCCUACUAAAAAGUUGUCACUGCUUUGUUGUUGCUCGUGUAAAUAUGAUUUUAUUUAUUGUCUUUUUAAUAUCCUCAGCAUUCAUUUUGUUGCCAUGUUUUCAUGCCUAAGCCAUUAAGAUUUUUAAUUAAACAGUAUUUUCUUUAACA